AGAACAGUUUAAUUUGGUAAAGUGUGAGAGGUGGGAAGUGAUGGCAAUGGCUGCAACAUCAGCUGCGGUGCUCAACGGGUUGGGCUCACCGUUCUUGUCGGGCGGAAAGAGGAGCCAAAGUUUGCUGCUAUCGUCCAGCAUCGGAGCCAGAGACCGUGCCGUCGUUGCCCCUCGGAGGCUGAUCGUCGCGGCAGCUGCUCCCAAGAAGUCUUGGAUCCCUGCUGUCAAAGGAGGCGGCAACUUCCUUGACCCCGAGUGGCUCGAUGGCUCGCUUCCAGGAGACUACGGGUUCGACCCACUGGGGCUAGGCAAAGACCCAGCCUUCCUGAAGUGGUACAGAGAAGCGGAACUGAUCCACGGGCGAUGGGCCAUGGCUGCAGUAUUGGGAAUUUUUGUAGGCCAAGCCUGGAGUGGGAUCCCAUGGUUCGAGGCCGGUGCAGCCCCAGGGGCAGUCGCACCUUUCUCCUUCGGGACUCUAUUGGGAACUCAGCUUCUGCUCAUGGGAUGGGUUGAGAGCAAAAGAUGGGUUGAUUUCUUUAAUCCGGAGUCUCAGUCGGUGGAAUGGGCGACUCCAUGGUCGAAGACGGCCGAGAACUUUGCGAACGCCACCGGCGAACAGGGCUACCCGGGUGGGAAGUUCUUCGAUCCCUUGCAGUUUGCAGGAACAAUCAAGGAUGGUGUUUACAUCCCUGAUGGGGAAAAGUUAGAGAGACUAAAGCUUGCAGAGAUCAAGCACGCCCGGCUUGCCAUGGUAGCCAUGCUUAUCUUCUACUUCGAAGCUGGCCAAGGGAAGACACCCCUUGGUGCCCUUGGCUUGUAAGAUCUAAAAACUAAAACAUUUAUGUUUCUUCAAUAAAU